CGCCUGUUUGAGCUCUUCGCUGAGUGCGUUCCACAUGCAUACAUGUCAAUUUUAGUGUUAUGGAUAUCGAUAGUUCUGCCAUGAAAGACUCACCGGAGGAUUCCCCGGAGGACGGUAUAGACACUGAUCAGAAGAAUGACUUUACAUCAUCAAAACUCGGAACUAAAGACUAUUGGGAUGAAGCUUACAAGAGGGAGCUCCAAACAUUCCAUGACAUUGGUGACGUCGGUGAGAUAUGGUUUGGAGAAGAAAGCAUGGAUCGUGUUACCAGAUGGAUAGAAACCCAAAAUCUACCCAAUGACAUUAGCAUACUAGACAUUGGGACUGGAAAUGGAAUGUUCCUUGUGGAGCUGGCCAGAAAUGGAUUCAGGAACCUAACAGGUAUAGACUACUCUGUUGCGUCUGUGGAGCUGGCCAGGAGUGUGCUGAGGGAAGAGGGACUGACAGAUGUAAACCUUGAGGAAAUGGAUUUCCUCAGCCCGCCGACAUCCGCCAGCUCCACGCCAACCUUUGACUUGUGCAUCGACAAGGGGACGUUCGACGCCAUCAGUCUGAGCCCUGAGGACGGGGAGCAGGCGAAGAAGCGUUACGUGUCCUCGCUGAGGCGACUCCUGAGGCCCCAGCCGCACGGGCUCUUCAUCAUCACUUCCUGUAACUGGACCAAGGAGCAGCUGCUGCACAUCUUCAGCACAGGGUUUGAGCUGGUGAAAGAGCUUCCAACUCCUCGUUUUCAGUUUGGCGGAGUGACAGGAAACAGUGUGACUGCCCUGGUCUUCAGGUUGCAGGCCUGACUCCUUCUCACGAUGAAGAUAGUUUGUUUCUCAAAGCUCCUCUUCAGAUGCCCUUGCAAAAAAAAAGACUGAUGAAGAGAAGUGAAAGGAAAAAAAGGACAGUAUAUGCUUUGCAGAUGGGACUCGCCUUAUGAAACAUCAAUAUAACUAUAAAACGUUACUCUGUCACAAGACCGUAAACCUGGAGAUAGUGUUUGUCUUGAAGACCAGUUCCAUGUUUGCCUUUGGUGAAGAAUGUAGGAUAAUGUUAUACAGUAUGUGUGUGUGCAAACAGAGGCCGUUUUUUUUUUUUUUUAAGUAAGCCUUCUUUGAAAUGGCAAACCUCACUCUGUGGCCUCUUAAUGGUCUUGUAAAGUGGGAAAUCACCAACAGGCUGGGGAGCCAUUCAGUUGCUAGUAUGGAAACAGACUUUGCAUAAACCCUUCAUCAGAUUGUGUGUUCCAACACAUUCACAUACACACUGCUGGGAAUGAAUGGUCAGUUUUUAGAAGCGGCAGCAUUCAGAAGUGUGUGGUUUCUAUCCUCUGCUAACCUCUGGUGCCCUUAUCCGUUUUUUUUGUAGAGAAAAUGUAUAUUUCCCAUGUGGAAUCUCUCCAAAACACUACUAAAUAAAAGAUACAGUAGGCUUGCAGCGGCAUAGUCUUGGUGUACUACAGUUGAGCUGUACAGCUGAAGUCAUAGUUUUAAUCAUUUUAAAAAUCAUUGUCUAACAGCUAGAAUCUAUGUUGUUAUUGUUAGAAAAAAAAAGUUUUAGAAAAUAACAUGCCCUGAAGUGCCGUUUUUGUCAGGGGUACGUACAAUUGUGAAUUUUCCAUUUUGGCUCGGAGUCACACCAGAGGGGGGUAUUUGUCAGCACGACACGCUAUCUAUAAUGUGGCUCUCUGAGCACGCCACUCCACCACGCCCUGUCACAACCAGGCUAGCAAACUAGGCAAUUGCCUAGGGGCCCUCCCCAGAUGAAAUAGGUUCCCCCUGGUAAUGACUGGUUCUGCACUGGCCGCGAUGACAUUGACAACUCCCUAAAUCCAGUGUCUGAAAAGUGUGAUGAUGGUGCUAUCGAAAUGUCUUCAGAUGGGGUCCGUCCCCCAGUAGUUGGCCCAAGGUAGCAGGAAAGGAAAGGAAUGGCUGGAAAACAAGAAGCCGUGAGUCACUAUGUUACUAUGGGGAGCGUAUGUUUCCAAAAAUACUACGGAGGGGAGAUGGGAAAACAUUUUUUAGAAGUUGUCAUGCAAUGUCAGGCUCCCAUCUUUUUCCUUCUGUGCUCAAUAGGAGUUUGUGACUGUACCUAAUUGAAGUUGUCAUGCAAUGUCAGGCUCCCAUCUUUUUCCUACUGUGCUCAAUAGGAGUGUACCUAAUAAAUAAAAAAAAUGUGUUCUGUAA